CGAACUCACUAACUGCGAGAUCAGGACCUGAGCGGAAAUCAAGAGUCAGACGCUUAAUUGACUGAGCCCCCCAGGCGCCCCUACCGUUCCUCAUUUUAAAUUGAAUUGUACAGUUCUGUGCUUGAGGUUACAAGAGUGCUGACCUAGUGAUCGUGCACAGGUUGAAUAUUCAGCUAUUCGCGUCACCUUUCGCUGGUGUGGUGUUAGAAGGGAUGUUGACAUCACGUUUAAAUUUCUGCAGAUUGUCUCCAGCACUAUUUGGGGGCCAGAUGAUCUGCUGUAGUGAUUAUAGGGACCUCGCUUUCCAUCAGGCCUAACUCAGACCCAGCAUCUGACCCUUCGGAAAGGGAAAAUGAGGGUGUAGGGGUUUAUUUUCAGAUCAUCUUAAUUGAAUUCUACUUGAUGGUUCUUCCCAUUCAAGGGGAGGGAGGAGGGGGGAAGUCCAGAAAAGAAAAAAAGAACUGUUUUCUUCCAACUAUAAGAAACCAAAGAAGUUGCUUCUGAAUUUAACCACGUUAUAAAUGGACCAUCUGGGUGGCCUGCCUGUGUAUGUUUCAGAUGUCUAGGUUAGUACCGGGCACUAGCUGGCCGUCCCUGGCCUUCUGCAGGAGACGUGUUCUUCCUUCCUGGCCACGCUUCACAGGCCUUAUUUCGCUUGUCUCCUGAUGUCCCUGGGGCACCGGCACCUUCAAUGUUACCAUCUCCGUUUCACAGAGGGGGAGAUGAGCUCGGCAGACAUUUAUGUCCCCAUCUUCUGACUUGGGCUUGAACCAGCCGCUGGCUUUCCGAGGGGCUGGAACCCCGGGUUUACUCAGGACUUGUCAUCACUGAUCACUGAAGGGUCGCUGGCCUAAACUGCAGUGAGUCUGCAUUGGUGUUGACGUGCGAGAAGUGUGUGUCGUUAAAGCCUCAGGAAAGUCACUUCAACCAGGAGGACAGGAAAUUGCUUUUGACCUUUUCCUGAGAUGGCGAAGGAUGGGAGGGAGGGGGACGCGGGAGGGGCGGACUGACAGACCUCCAGCCGCUUACUGCAGCGUGUUGGACUCCUUUUCAUUUCUAGGGGAAACGCCAGGGUGAGGGAGAAAGUCUGGGUGGAUUAGCGAAUCCGCUUUGUGGACAUCGCCUCCCUCUUGGCGGAAGCGAAGUCUUCCUCUGUCUCCACCAGUGGAGUCCAGUCCCCUCUGCCCUGCGCCUCUGGGCGACUUUGCUGUGUCUCCGUCACCUGCUCCUUCCCUGGCCUUUCACCCGCUUUCGCUGCUGCUGUUUGGGGUUUCUGUUCGUAGAGAAUUGUAGUAAAAACAAGCAACUCUAAUUCACAUCAAAUGCUUAAUGUAAGCCAGGGGACUUUGAAAGGGGGAAGAUAGCUCUGUUCCCUCAAACAUGGGGUACCUGCAGCUCUCAGAGAUGGCGUGACAGCAGAGAUUUUUUUUUUCACCCCCAGGUAUUAAAAAUUAAAAUGUUGAGAACAGUUCCGCUCGUUUCUGCAGCGUGAAUAGGGGAAGCAGGUGCGUGUUGACCGACCGAGAGUGGGGCAGGUGCCCACGCCCCAUUUCUUCCCGGUGUGGGGCCUCACGUCACCCCAACCCACCGCCACGGCCACAGCCAGAGAGUUGUGAUGUCCCGGGGGACAGACGUGGGGACGUGGGAAAGAGCGAAGAGAGAAAAUUGUGCGAGACCAGAGGACGCCCUCUUAAUAAAUAAUCACGGAAGAGUUACACUUAAGUUCUGAGGUACAUUGAUCUUGAGAAGGAAAGGGUUCAUGGGGAAACUGACUCUGCAGUCCGGCGUCUCUACCUUGAAAUACAGGCUCUGUUUCUGACCUCGUAGGCCUCUUCGCCACAUCCGUAUAUGCUGUUCCCCAGGAGUUAAUGGUGGAGCCCAUCCUGGAGCGAGCCGAGACUCGUGGUCUGUGUAGUCGAUGCUCUUCCUACAGUGGCCAAACGAUGGCAAACUGUGGCACACAGAAAAGUUGGCCUGACUGGAAGAAGGUCAAAAAGCAAUUUUGACUGGUCAAAAGCAAUUUCCCGUCCUCCUGUCCCACUACUCUGGACCCCACGCUUUCUGCCUCCUGUGUGGCCAUGGCCGGGCGUGGGAGGUGGAUAACCCAAGGCUGCCCUCAGAGCGCCCACUUUCCAGGCAGGUAGCACAUUGCUCAUCUCCCCCCACGUCUACACUGCCGAUUUCUGGUCGGGACCCCCUCCAGGCCCCGCCGGCUAUGUCACUGUUAUACUUUAGAAAGCAGUGGAAACCCCAGCAAAACCCUCCCCAUCUGGCCCCAUCACACCAUGACACCCCCACUUUUGCAUGCCUGCCGUGAUGGCUCUGUCCACACUCACGUGUCCUUCAGUAGCUAGUUCAAGUGACCCCCUCUGUAGUUGAGACUCUUCUUGAGUGGAAAUGCCACCGUGCAGUUGGGUCCCUCCCUUUUAUCCAGCCUCAAAGCUCCAUUCCUGACUCUCUCUGUCCACUUCCUCUAUUCCUACGCUCAAUGGUUCCAAACUAUCGGAAGCUUCCAGCUCCUGUUAUUUUCUGGUUCCUUUCGUCCAACUGUGUUGUCACGAUGUCUGCUUACCUGUACCCUCCACUAGAGGAGCAGGGAUUUGGUUUUGUGUCAUUGUGGAGCUCACACAAAAUGUUUGUUGCUGGAACGGCAGGCAGCUUGAGUUCUAAAAUGGCUCAGGUGUUUCUCUGACUGUUCUCUUCUUCGCUGUCACAACUACUCUUGCUCGGAUCCUGCCUCUCCUCCUCUGAGACAAGUCUGAGAAAUGUCAGUGUCUUCAGAGUUAGAGGAAGCUACCUCUGGCUCGCCCCAGGGUAGGAGUGAAUCCUGGGAAGUAGUUUUCAAAGGGUCCUGCAGUUCAGGGUCUCUAUUCAAACCAGAGUCUACAGGGGAGACUGAAACCAUGUGAAGUGGUUGAACACAGGCCUGCUCUGCCAGUAUGGUGUUUGGGGGCCACGAGCCCGGUGGAUUAUCUCUGUCCCAAGUGCUCUGAGCACCCUGGGCCUCUGAGGGGCACAGACUCCCGGCCUCUUCUCGUGGGCUGGGGGCUCCGUGGUGUAGAGGGCCUCUUCCUAGUCUGGGGUCUCUAGAUGGGAAAAGGCACACUUGCAGGCUGAGGUGCCUUGGGGCCCAGGGCUGAGAAUGGACCAGAGGGCUGGGGCUUCCAGCUGCCAAGGUGACAGCCAUGUGGACACGUAGCUCUGCAAGGCCUUUCUGUGUCGAUGUGGCCCACAUGCUUGCUGAUCUGCAUUGCCUCAAGGCGUCACCCAGACCCCUCGGAUUCUCUGUCCACGCCGCUCACAGGCGUGCCAGCGUGGUUUUUGUUGUAGGGUCCCCCUGAAGCUCUACCUGGUGGAUAGAAAAGGAUAGGGAAUAACAUUUGUUAACUGCUGGUGACUUACCACAUGCACCUGUCAUAAAACCCUGUGAAGUGGGCAGAAUUCUCCCAUCUCACGAGGGGCCACUGGAGCCCAGAAAGACGAAAAGGCCUGCUUAGACUGGCCGCUUGCACCCAGACGUGAUGCUUAUCCACCAGCGGCCCCUAAGACAACGCUGACUCCUGGCGCCUGCUUUUCUGGGGAACUUCGCACAGGGCUAGAGGGCCGCUCUGGACUCAUCCGCGUGCUGCUCUCGAGGUCAUACAUCCCUGGAUCCUGGCACCUUCCAACCCAGAACGGGCACUCAGAGCCUGCUUUCUCUGUCCCCGUCUUGUGUAGUUGACUCUCCAUCCCCAAGCCCACCUCUGUGUUCGCAUCCAGGAGACCCUUCCAGGUCUGUGGCAGGUGGGGUCCUGGGCAAGGUGCCCGGAUGGAUCCACCCACCCAUCUUCCCCGCCCCUUCUUAUCUGAGGUAAAGAACAGACAAACCGUUGGUAUCGCCAUUGGAUGGAAUCAUCCUCAGUGGUGUGGACAGAGGAGACCGCGUGGCCUGAAGAGGUGGGAUGCGCGGCCUCUCCCUCUACUGGAAUGAGCCCUCAGGCAUCCCCAGCUCUGAGCAGUUGCACCGCUUGGGUCCUCAGAGUCAUAUACGUGCACCCCCUUCUCUCAGGCCUUUACCCCACACACGCGUGAUCCCAGAGCCGCACUUAGAAGCAUGCGGACUCCCUUUGGCAGACGUCCCCCCGGGGCUCAUCUGUUCUUGCACGGUUUUGGCUUCUAGACUUUGCUCGGGGGUGAAUCUGAAUUUGUUGAGUGGAUGGCAUGCUGGCCUCUUAGUGUUCCCAUCUCUAGUGUACGUGUUAACCCCAUCCCACCAGACACCUCUGACCUGCCUUCUUUGUGAGGAAGGUGAGGUUUGGUCACUCAGUUUUGCUCCUCUGUGGCUUUGGUUUUUCACACUCAGCAGGUAGAAAGCGUCGUCCACACUUGCUGUUUCCCUUGCAGCUUAUUUACAGGUGUGGUGGGAGGAGGGUGUGACCUCUAGGGAGGAGGCUGUGCUCCCCAGAGGAGGCUGUGCUCCCCGGAGGAGGGUGUUCUCCCCAGAGGAGGGUGUGACCUCGAGGGAGGAGGCUGUGCUCCCUGGAGGAGGGUGUUCUCCCCAGAGGAGGGCGUGACCUCUAGGGAGGAGGCUGUGCUCCCUGGAAACGGCUGUGCUCCCUGGGGAGGACUGUAUGCCCCCUCAAGGAGGCUGUGCUCCCUGGAAGUGACUGUGCUCCCUGGGGAGGACUGUAUGCCCCCUCGAGGAGGCUGUGCUCCCUGGGGAGGAGCGUGUCCUCCCUGCAGGAGGGUGGUGCACUCUCUGGGACCUGUCCACUCCCCACUGGCCAGCUCGGCCUCUGCACCAAGGAAGGGAGUGCAGGAGCCCCCGGUCGGUCACUGUGCAGGAGAAAGUCCUCCUUCCCCUGGGGUAUCCGUCCUGCGGAGAGCAGCAGUGCCCAGGCUCCCGAAUCCCCAGCAAGCCCGCAGGUUGUCAGAGCAGGAUGGGGCCCCCUUCAGGCCAUCCUAACCAUCACCUCCCGGCUUCCCUCAGCCCCGCACUGCACCCCACUCUGGGUCUCGCCUCAUUGGAGCCCGCCAGGCACUGGGCACGGCCCAGCUCUCGGGACGUCCUCCGGCGCUCCGUCCACAGGGCUGCCUGUGCCUCGUGCGGGACCCCGGGGGAUGCCGCGUUUUGAUGGUCAAGUUUUCCAGUCCCUAGUGGCUUCAGGCCGGGCUGUAGGAUGUGCCCAGUUCCCGACCCGUGAGCUGUCACCACCACCGCUGCCCGAAGCCGGAGCGCCACGUGGCCCUGAUGGGGACCGUGGGCCUGAGCCGUUUUACCUGGUCUCCCUGCCCCGCUCAGAUCUCCCCUCCCCCCGCUGAGACUGGGUUCUCGUGAUGUAGCCUUUGAUGGGGCAAGUCCAGUCCAGCCCCAGGUACUCUGUUUGACACCCCCAGUCAUCAAGACAGCCUUCUGGCGUUGUGUGCCUCGCGUGGACCUGACACGGGGACGGACACUUCCUUCUCUGCCGGACUGUGUUGAAUAAGCAGCCGCCCCAUCCAGGACGGUCCUCACGUCACCCGCAGCUGGCUCGUGUCUCUCUUUGCUUUGAUUGUUGUGAAGUGAGGGCCCCCCAAGCCUCCCCCUCGCCCCACGAAGCUCCAGAGGUCCUUGUCACCAAAGCAGGUGCUCCAUGCCUACUGGCUGAAUCGACCUAGACCCCAGACACGUGACAGAGCCGUGCCUGAGGACCUCCACCUCGGUGCUCUGGAAGGAGAGGGUUCCACGCCAAUCUGUCACUCCACAUCUUUACCCAGCAUCUGUAAUCACAAGCCUACGAAGGGCUAUAGGACGCCUGUGUCCCCGCGUGGGGGGCCAGCCAUGCGCUGAUACCCGAGGGGGCGGUGGCUGCAGGCGGCUGCAGAGCUGAGGCCCAAGGAAGGCGUGUGGUGCUCGCCCGCCCGGUGACCGCAGCCGCCACAGGUUGGUCUGGUGGCUGGAGCGGGUUUGGCGGCAGGCUUACCCCGGGGGGCUCGGGGAGGUGAAGCUCCUUGCUCACAUCUGCCAAGUUGGUAAGCUGGGAUGUGAAGCCAGCUGUGCAGUUCCGGGGUCCUUGCCCUUCAAACAGUGCUCACUGGGGUCCCACCGCCGUUGCGUGGACCUGCCUGCACGUGAUGUUCCUAAGUAGUGGAUCCCUGAGGAGCAUUGGCUCCUCGGGCCCCUCUGAGCACGGUUUCUGGAGUUUUCUCCUGCUCUCAGGAUCUUCCACAGCCGCCAGGCCCUCAAGUGAGAAAACACACAACCUUCAGACUCGCUGUAGCCGAGGCAGGGCCCUGCGUCUCUGUGGCCCGCUUCUGCUCGGUGGGAAAUGGAUUGCCGUUCCUCUUUGGAACUGGGUUUCAGGCUGUUGGAAGACGAAAUGGAAAAGGAAAUUCCUGGAACAUUCUGUGGCUCUCGACACCUCCCUCCCUCCUUCUGCCCUUUGUGCAGCAGACACCCCCUUUCCUGGGAUGUCCUUGCCCCAAAGGAAAUUCCUGGAACAUUCCGUGGCUCUUGACACCUCCCCUCCCUCCUCCUGUCCUUUGUGCAGCAGACACCCCCCUUCCUGGGAUGUCCUUGCCCCUCUGGCCAGCAUGUCACCUCUGGGAGCCUUCCUGACCCCGUCCGGGUGGGGCCCCUGUCCUCCCACUGGGACGUCGGGCACAGUGCACGACCAUGACCUGCAGAUGAGCCCCUCCCCCCGCAGCGGCUGUCCGGGGCUUGGUGUCUGGGACCGUCCUUGCAUCUGAGCGUCAUGGGCACGUACAGAUACAUUCCUGGCUGACUCAGACUUUGCCAGUUUAACCAACUGAGCCACCCAGGCGCCCCUAGACUUUGCCAGUUUAAAGAACAUACAAUUCUCCGUUCUAACAAAAACACUGAUGAGGUCACUGAAGAUGCAUAAUAGAUGAUUACAUUUGAAAGGGUUGUUAAUUGAGGAAGAAGGCAGAAAUUAAAAUCCAGAAACAAAGACUCACCUGUCUGGACUCUGGCACGCGUGAGUGCCCGCUCCCUUACUUACAGAGUAUGCCUUCGGGGCCAUUCUGAGCUUCCCCCAGCCUUUGUUUUCUCAUCUGGGAAAUGGAAGGCUGUGGGUAGUGGGCUAACAGCUAACGUGAAGACCUUUGAUCACUGGGAGCUAUAAUUAAUAUGAUAGCAGGAAGUCCAUUGAUAUCUGCUUUUGUACUGCGUAGUUUACUGAGCUUCUCUGCCCAUUUUUGUGCCUUUUAAGACAUCUUUUAGCUAUUAAAUUGAAAACCAUGACUUGUGAGUCAUGACCCACUGCGUAUCUGGAAGAAGACCGGGCUUGUUUUCAGUGGAUGGUUGGUCAGACACUUAGAUCAUCUCUCUUUAUGUAGUAAACAAAUUGAUGCUCCCAGAGCGUACUCGUUAUAAUCAUUUUGCAAACAGCACAGAUGCAUCUGAGGGGCCGGGGAUGUUCGCUCCCAGCCAGAUGUGACACACUCAUCGUUGCUCCAUGCCAAGUCUGUUGUGUUUUUUUUUAAUGUUUUUAUUUAUUUUUGAGAGAGAGAGAAUCAGACACCGAGCAUGUGCGGGGGCGGGGCAGAGAGAGAAGGAGACACAGAAUCGGAAGCAGGCUCCAGGCUCCGAGCCAUCAGCACAGAGCCCGACGCGGGGCCCGUGAGAGCAUGACCUGAGCCGAAGUCGGUCCCUUGGCCGACGGCGCCACCCCGGUGCCCCAAGACAAACUGAUUAUAAACCGUAAACGAAUCCUCUUGUGGCUACGGUUUUGGUUUGUUUUUAUGCCUGUGACUGUAGGAAACACGCACAGGUAGACAAAGCGCAGGAAACGGGAGUCGCUGUUUGCUUGGCUCGGGCCGCAUACCAAGAAUUGUGUCGGGCGCUUUGACGUUCUUUCUUUCAGUCCCCAGAGCCCAGCAAGCGGGGCAUCCCUAUUUUAUGGCUGAGGGAGCUGCGGCCCGAACCCGCCAAGGAGCCCGGCCGUGGCCUCUGCCUACAAGGAUUCCAUGAGUCUGUCUGGCUCCAAAAGCCUGUGGUCUUUCUCCCUCCACGUGCGGCACGAGCCAUAAACAGGACAUUCCACGUUCGUCUUGGCUGUAAACACACCAUUGCUGUGAGGGUCGCGGCCGCCAAGCCGCAACAUUGCUGUUUCCCCGAGCAGCUGCUGCGACGGGGCCCGGGCCCACCGGAGGCUCCGUGUGACUGCUCCCUCUUCCUCUGCCGUUCCCCUGCUUAUGACCUUGGUUCCGAUGAGUGGACCCCCGGGACCACCCUGUGCCUUGUUGCGGGGCUCAUCCACGCCUGGUUCUCCGGGAGCUCUCUUCCCAGCCGUCGUGCCGUGCCUGAAACAGUAUGUCGAGCUCUUGAUCAAAGAAGGAUUGGAAACUGCGAUCAGUUGCCCCGAUGCCGCCUGCCCUAAGCAAGGCCACCUGCAGGAGGAUGAGAUCGAGUGCAUGGUGGCGGCUGAAAUUAUGCAAAGAUAUAAAAAGCUACAAUUUGAAAGAGAGGUGCUGCUGGACCCCUGUCGGACCUGGUGCCCUACUUCCACCUGCCAGGCCGUGUGCCAGCUCCAGGACAUGGGGCUGCAGACACCCCAGCUGGUGCGGUGCAAGGCCUGUGACGUGGAAUUCUGCUCUGCCUGCAAAGCCAGCUGGCAUCCCGGCCAGGGCUGCCCGGAGACCAUGCCCAUCACUUUCCUUCCCGGAGAGACCAGCUCUGCUUUCAAACUGGAGGAGGACGACGCGCCCAUCAAGCGGUGCCCCAAGUGCAAGGUGUACAUCGAGCGGGACGAGGGGUGCGCACAGAUGAUGUGUAAGAACUGCAAGCAUGCCUUCUGCUGGUACUGCCUCGAGUCUCUGGACGAUGACUUCCUCCUGAUCCAUUACGAUAAAGGACCGUGCCGGAACAAGCUGGGCCAUUCCAGGGCAUCUGUGAUCUGGCAUCGGACACAGGUCGUGGGCAUUUUUGCUGGAUUUGGGCUCCUGCUGUUGGUGGCCUCGCCUUUCCUGCUCUUGGCCACUCCGUUUGUACUUUGCUGCAAGUGCAAGUGCAGUAAAGGUGACGAUGACCCAUUACCCACCUAGAGGAAGGCGCGAUGCUGGAACGAGACCCCUGCCUCCGGGAAGCGUGGCCCGCCCCCACCCCACCCCGCCGCCCCCCUCACUAAACAUCUUUCUUGCCUUAUGUGCCCCAUAGAGCUUCACAGUGUCACGCUGGAUGCCGUGAUUUCAGGGACUGAUGUCAGAGCGCUUGCCGAGGCCCCGGGUGCGGUCACCUGGGCAUGGGGAAGGCAGGCUGCAGUGGGUAGGGUGCGUCCCCACACAAUCGAUCUCUGCCGACUUGACAAGGGAGGCGCUGUGCGAGGCACCCCGGGCAGUUUUCUCCCAGUGGCGGUAGACUAGGAGUGUCUGGUGGCUGCUUCAGAGACCUUCUUGUGCAAAACGCUGUCCGUCUCCUCCUUGGCGUCCUGAUGGUGCCAUGUUUUUGAGAGAAGGAGUCUUUUAAAGAUUACAACUCACUUCAGGCAGAAUCCAAUAAUUCUGACUUGAGAAAAGCACUCUGUUUAUGACAACUGUUUUUAUUACUAAUGGCAUUUAGUAAAAUCCUUUUUAGAAGGUGUCUUUUUGUUUUUCCAACUGAGUAGUGAAAAAUCAACAAGGUGCAUCUAAACCAUCCUAUGCCUUUCUUGAAAUGUGCAUUUUAAGAAGUUACUGUUCAAAUGACUUUUCUGGCUCGGCCACUUUUCAGGAGAUUUAGAAAGCCUUAGCGCUCUUUGUGUUUUUCUUGAAGCCUGUGACGACGUUUUGAACACCGUAAGCGGUGUGCUGUUAGAAACGCGCUUUCCAUAUUGUUGCGUUUCUUUGACGAUACUGACGUGUUUAAAGGAGUAUCUUCAUCACUAGAUUUUCCUUUUAUUUUUUCUCUCUUUGGUGAUUCAGCUCAGCUCAUGGGGCUUAUCUCUUCUCAUCCAGGUAUGAGCAGAUAUUUUGUAAUGUCUUUGGAAACCAAAUGUUUGACUCGGGAAUGGCUCUGCGGAGAAUCAGUAUGUUUUGGCCGCUUGCCCCAGCCUCCUCACUCAGACAGUAAGGAGCGAAUAGUGCUAUUGAUCCUCUUAGGCAGGGCUUCCUGGCAGGACUGGAGCACGCCCCUGGGGCCUGGGGGACAAGCUUCCUGAUUUUCAGUUGUUUAAAUGACUUAAGUUAUUUUGGAGAAAUCCUGUUACCUUACAGAGUUCCGAGUCCCGUUGCUAACCAUUUUGCCCCGCUGAAAACACCUUCCCUUUCACUUAGGGGGUUGUACCACUCGGUCUCUCCUGGGCCGUGUGUGACUGUUACCAUGGCAGCAGAACGUGCGGAUGACUAAGACACACGUUGCUCCAUCCGUUGAGUUUAAAACGCAGAGAACGCGUCUUUACAGAGAGUUGGCUCUCCUAUGGCCUUUGAGGCCACCUGUGCUUUUUAAGGAGCAAACCGAUUACAUUGAACUUGGGGGCCUCUGAAAUAACAGAAAGGCAAUUGUUGUCGAUUUAUUAUCGCGGAACUUUUUAAAACUUAUUACACAUUCCACAAAGGAGUGAAACGGAAAAUCUGACGUGUUUGCUUAUUGUGAGCACAUUUGUAAAAUGUGGCGGGGUUUUUGUGUGUUUGAUUCUACCUUUCUGUGUUGGCCUCGGGUCCUGCUUUCCUUCCCCGUGUAGACACUUCUUUGUUUCUUAACAUUUGCUAGGUUAGAAGGAACAGCGUCACCUCACUCUUCACCUGUAGUAUUUAUUAUCUUUAUGAAACUGAAGCCAUUAGGAAGCUAGUCUGUGUCAAAAUCAUAUUCAGAACAUUCUCCUUAUGACCACAGCUGAAUUCUUACUCAGUAACAAAAUAAGAACACGCCUGAGACUGUCUUCUCAGUGGAGCCUGGGCAGUGAGUCUCUGUAGCUGGAAUUGUUGCGACAGGGCCUUGUGGUAGGUGGCUUUCUGGAGAGGUCACGCUCAGUGAGUCCUGAGGCUCGAGUCAGUGGCCCAGGCUGGGAUCAGUGAACGCACUUGUCUAGUGGCACCCUUUAAAAUGCCUGUCAGAGGCGGCCGGCUUGCGGCCCUGUUUCCAUUUUGACCCAGGAGGGGGCAGGCCUCACCCCAUCCCUGUCCUGUUGCACACCGCACAAGUCCCCGCGGUCGUUCCCCUGUCCUCCGAGGUAGAACGGGAGCCUUCGGAAAGGAUGCAUUCCCUGGGCUAGAGCUCAGGUCUCUAUUCCUAGCGGGUUGGGCUGUUCGUCUGUCCCGGAGAAAUCCGCAAGCAGGCCCUGCACAUUCAUAGCCCCCACCAGCCUUGUGCCUUCACCCCUGACACGUUUCACAAGCACGUGGUUCGACCCAGGUAGGGACCGUGAAGACUCUCGGGCCAGCCGCAGCCACACUGGCACCUGCUUGCUCCCGAGUUUUUGCACCAAGCAUGCCUCAAUUUGAUUUUGUAGUUACACAGCUAAAAUCGUCUGUUCCUUGGGAAGAUACCAGCAGGAUUACAAUGGGAUCCUUACAUAAACUUGCAAUUUCCUCCGUGUGACGCUUUUAUUUCAGUAGGGAACGCCAACCCCAUUGUUCAUGGGGGUGCAGUACUAACCAUGCCUGAUGUAAAAUGUAAACGGAACCUGGGAAGAUGGCCCACGUCUUGGAUUUUAACCUUGCCCUCACUCCCUGGUGAAACCUGGGGAGUUCUGCACUUGGUGGUGGGCUGUUACAUGGCAUAGCUUGUCUUAACUGAAGAUGACAUUCCCUUUCACGGAUGGUCUUCGUGCCGACGUUCUGGAAGCACAUGUAUGUUUACCCCUUUCGAGGCCUUGAAAUCCUGGCGAGGAGGGAAGAAGGUCCUCAGGUCAUGGCUAACUCAACCGGUGUCCAGUUGGGGUGGCCCUGGAGGGUGCGGGUGACCUGUGGGUCAUCCGAGGCCCUCUGACCCCGUUGGGUGGUUUUGCGGGACAGGCCUAGUCUGUCAGUCUGGCCGUCAUGUCCCCUGCAGCCUGGCCUUCGAGCUUUGCAGCGGUCACAAGAGGCCGGCGCCCUCCGAGGAGGAGUCACUGUAGAUGUUCGCGUAGCAGAGAUCGACUCAGGACCUGAGCAUAAUCAGAUCCUUGGAAAGCAUGACCGGCUGUCCAUAUCAGUUCUUCCUCACCCCGCGGGAGUGGCCGUAGCCCGGGGAACUGACCUCCACCACCGCUCACACCUUUUGCAAAGGGGAACAAGUUCUCUUUAUGGAAUAUUAUUCCAUAAAAACCAGUGUGUGUAGGACCAGGCCGGUUCCUUUUUAGAGUCCAGGGCCCGUGGGGAAAGGGAUCCUCAGAGAUCUAAAAACUACUCCAAGAUGAGUCUCUCUUUUUCAUCUAUCUUGCUUGCAAAGUUUAAAGUUAUUUAAGAAAUUGGGAGAAGACAUUUUCCCUUGAUAGUCUUUAAAAAUUAGGAGAUUGGAAAGAACCAGGGUGGGCUUUUUGUAUAUUUCUCAGAUUCUCAUUUAUUAAUAAGUCUCCAUAUAUAUAUAUAUGUGUGUGUGUGUGUGUGUGUGUAUAUAUAUGACACUGAAAUCAUCAAGGGACAAUAUUCUGCAUGUCUAAAGCUUCGUGAAGGUCUCUUUAAAAAAUACCAAAGCUUGCUUAUUCUUUAUAAUUAACCCAAGCCCUUAGGAAGAUACACAAAAUGAAGAGGUUAUGACCGGUAUUGCCCAAAACGCCACCUGGAACGAAGGGCCUGCGCCCAAAUAUAGUUGCUGACGCGUCAGUAGUAGGGGAGCAUGCCGUCUUGGUUGAUAAGGCCCCACGGGCGCCCUUCUUCCUCCGGUUGGGAUCCUCUCGUCUUCCACACUCCUGGGAGCCUUGGGUUGGGGGUAAGCACCAGCCACAUGCCUGACCUUUCCUUCAUUCUUUGCCCGUUUUACCACGGGUGUACUUUUACUCUUGUACAAAAAUAUGCACGAAUGGGUCAUGCACACGUAGACGGUACGUAUUUGGCAGCGGUGGUAAAAACAAAAGCUCGGUUCUCGUUUGUGACAUGUCAGUCCAUCUUGUGCCACUAACACUGUGAUGCAUAAAAGAGCUGUUUGAAUGCCUUUUAAUGUUGUGUUUUGUACUUUGGAAUCACAUGAAAAAGCUUGAUUUGUAAUUUCAAUACAUAUUUUAAAUGUAUUGUGUCUUACAUAGUUUGUCUCCCGCCCCCGUAGAAAAGGGAUUUUUCUUUUUAAAGAGAUUUUGGCUGGAAUACAGGUUACUUUUGUAAA